AUGACUCCAGAGUUGCCGUCGGAGUUGCGGCUUCAAUUGCAAGCCGCCACUCGUGCUGUAAAAUGGACCUACUUCACCUUCUGGAAACCAGCUCCCGGUGACCAGAAAAAGUUGGUUUGGGGUGAUGGCUACUUCAAUGGAACCAUCAAAACACGAAAAACCAUCGAUGGCAAGGAAUUGACGCCUGAGGAGUUCGGUUUGCAGCGUUCUCACCAGCUUCGUGAUCUUUAUGAAACAUUGUCUAAUACUGAACUCAGGCAUGCGAUUGCUAACAAGCCAGUUGCUUUGAAGCCUGAGGAUUUCGCAGAAGAAGAAUGGUUGAUGGGAAGGGCUGCAGCAAGCGGACGAUACAAAUGGCUAUGCGGAGCCAACGGGAUGACUACCUAAGUUUUCACACGAGCCCUUAUUUCUAAGAGUGCCUCCAUUCAGACGGUUAUCUGCGUUCCUCUUAAGGAUGGUUUUCGAGAGUUCGGAACAACCCAAAAUGUACCAGUAGACUCGAAGAUGGUGCAACAUCUUUUAUCCUUCUUGGAACAACCAAAACAUAACCGCUCACAAAGUUCUUUGGUCAUCGGGCAAAGUGCAAGAAAUCCCAAGAGGGCCAAGCUUUCCAAUCCUCCAAGGACGAAGGUUGAGGAUAAAAUGUCACUGAACAAUGUGAACAUCAGCACGCGCUUGUCACGUCAAGGACCCAGAACAUGUGUACACAUCUUUCAGCGAUUGCAGUGUGUUUCUGAAAAACUUAAUUGGCGAUCUGCACAGGGCAGUGCUUCAAGGCGGAAUGGAGAACAAUUUCCAGAAGGUUCUAAGCGUACUUCACCUGCGAGCGCAUUUGUCAUUUGGAAGAACAGCCUAACACCUCCGAGGAAAUAUCGCAAGGCUGGGAAUCGUCAAUGGAUUUUGAAAGAGGUUUUGUUUCAUGUCACACAACUCUUCAAUGGUACCUUGAAGGAAAUCAACGUGGAAGUAGAGAGCAGCUUAGUAACCACCGAAAAAGUUGGUGAAGACAGAAGGGCCUCCGAGUUGGAAUCUCAUAAACCAGUACCAAGUAUUGAAGAAACAAAUGCUAGUCAUGUGCUUGCAGAGCGUAGAAGACGAGAGAAAUUGAACGAAAGACUCUUGUCAUUGCGUGCUCUGGUACCCAAUGUCUCCAAGAUGGACAAGGCAUCGAUCCUUGGAGAUGCAAUAGAGUACGUGAAGGAGCUUCAGAGUCGACUCCAAGCUUUUCAAAUAAGGGCGGAGCCUUAAGGCAAUCUGGGAUA